UUUGGUCCGUUCAUCAUAAAAUUUACACACAAUGUAAAGAACAACAGGCAUUUUCAAAUUAGGACAAAACCUGAAAAACAAGAAAAAUGGAGAUAAAGUUUUGUUCCGACAGCAGCGAUAUAUAAUAUGCAAUGAUGAAUGGCACUGAUUGGAUGCGAUAGAGUAGGGCUGGGCAAUAUGAUAAUGAUAUAUUAUCAUGAUAAAUUACGUCACAUUGCAAUAUAAUAUGCUUAUCUGAACAUAUAAUGUAUGUCGUCAGUACCUGUGGACACUGACCAGCUGCAUGAUUCAUUAUAAAGAGAGCAAAAUUAGUCCAGUUUAACUGGAUUUAGUGACAAAUAGUUUUUGAUAGUUUUUUUUAAAAUGUAUCUCUACUGAGUCAUUUCUCUUUUUUUACUGGCCAGACAUCUAAAAAGAUAAAUAUUGUGUAUCAUAAAAAAUUCUUAAAGUAUUGUGAUAUUAUAUUUUUGUCAUAUCGCCCAGCUCUACAUUAGAGCACAGGAAACAAUACGAUUAGAUGGGGACACUGCUGUGUCAAAGUGUGUCAUCAGUGUGUAUGUUCUCUCUGCUUUAUCACCACAGAGUCCUCUCACACAAUUAACGGCACAUUUGGUAAAGAUCAGCCAAUUUAAAUAAUGUCCGAACAUAUGAAAAUAUGUCUCUGACCUUCUAACGAGGCAAAAUUGUUCACAAAAAAAAAUUACGAAAAAAACAUUUUUUUCCUGUUAUGUAUUAAGCAGAAGUGCAGCACACAGCAGUGCUAAGAGGCUUUAAAGCCUGCUGACGUGUCACUCUCUCUGAGUUUGGAAGGCUUUGUGGGGCAGAUGGGCUGCAAACUCAACCCAACAGACCAUAUUCCUGAGGCUGAUACCAGUGAUGUUUGUGGAGGGAAAUAAAAUGAUUCAGAAUCUAAAAAUCUAAAAAAUCUGUACUUUGCAUAAUAAAAUGUGCAGUAAAUAAAUCUGUUUUGCACAGAAAACAAUAUAUGGACUGAAUUCACUCUGAUACAGCACAGUUUAUCUAAGUCAAUAAUAAACACUUUUUAUUUACCCUUAAAUACACUGCUGAUAAAAUCACAGAAACCAUUAAAUCACAUUAAACCAUCUUGUGAUUUCAAGGUAACAAAGUUGUCAUCUUGAUCACAACAUAGUUAUCAUGGUGAUUUCAAAAUAACAAAAGUCGUUACAUAGAAAUCGCGAAACGAAAUUAAGAUGUGAUCUCCAUAUAACAACUUUUGCUAUCUCGAGAUCACAAGAUAAUUAAAUCGUCAUAUUGAGAUCACAAAGAAAUUAAAUAACGAUGAUACAGAGCCCUGCUGGUAUAGUAUAAAUAAAAUAAUGCAUGGCCACAACUUAGUAGAGUGUGGGAAUAAGAUAAUUAAGUCGUGGCCACAACUUAGUAAGGUGUGGGAACGAGAUCCUAAUGAGGGGCCACAACUUGAUGGUGGGAAUGAGGUAAUUGAGCCUUGACCACAGCUUAAUAAGGCAUGAUCUCUUUCCCACGCCUUACUAAGUCAUGGCCACGCAUUCGGAUCUCGUUCCCACAUGUUAAUAUGGCGUGACCACAUGUUAUUUUUAUUUACAUGGGAUGUCACCAGCAGGGCUCCGUACAAUCCAGCAAAUUAUAGCCACAGCUUUUGGCCUGUCUGGACCUCCGUAAUAUUUUACAUAACAAGUAAUGGUUUGGGAAGCGUUGGAGCUGGAAAACAUGAGCCUCUGCACAGCGGGUGAACUAUAUUACUGCUGUUGUAGUGUAGGGACUACAUUUCCCAUAGUUCCGUUCGUGCGUGAACAGACCGGAAGCUGCCGGCGCUGGCGCAGCCGUUUGUCCCUGAAUGAAAUGGGCUGCAGGUAUUAACGCCGAUCCUCGGUUACUGACGAACAACUGCUUACAAAAGAAUGAAGCAGGAAUAUCAAGACCUCAUCUUGCAAGCCUCUUCUGCAGAGAGCCUACAGAUCGGGGCCAAGAUUCAGACGCUGUGGAGUGGCUAUGGUCAGAUAGUGAGGGUCCACUUGCAAGGCUGCGACCGUCCAUCUGUAGUGGUCAAACAUGUGAUGUUUCCUCAGGAGUCUAAACACCACCCGGGAGGCUGGAACACAGACAUCUCUCACCAGCGCAAGGUCAGGUCCUACCAGGUAGAAACUCACUGGUACCAGAACUACAGCACCAAUGAGCGCUGCCGGAUCCCCGAAUGCCUCGCGGCGCAGUCGUUUGGUGACGAGCAGCUGAUUGUUCUGGAAGACCUGGAUGCUGCCGGUUUCCCGGAAAGGAGAACCAGCGUACGGGAUGCAGAGAUAAAAGCAUGUCUCCGAUGGCUCGCCAGCUUCCACGGCCUGUUCCUGGGUGUGUCUCCGCAGGGUCUUUGGCCGGUGGGCACGUACUGGCACUUGGAGACCCGUCCGGACGAGCUGGAGGUCAUGAGAGACCAGAAGCUGAAGGCGGCUGCAGGAGAGAUCGACGCGGUGCUGAACCGCUGCUGCUUUAAGACCAUUUUACACGGUGACGCCAAACUGGCCAACUUCUGCUUCUCCAAGGACGGCACCCGCGUGGCCGCCGUGGACUUCCAGUACGUCGGGGGCGGCUGCGGGAUGAAGGACGUGAUCUAUUUCCUCGGGAGCUGCAUGGAUGAGAGAGAGUGCGAGAAGAAAGUGCCAGGCUACCUGGACUUCUACUUCUCAGAGCUGAGAGGCGCCGCGAGCGAGAGGGUGAAUUUCGCGGAGCUGGAGGACGAGUGGCGAGGUUUGUUCGCCUUUGCGUGGACCGACUUUCACCGCUUUCUUCUCGGCUGGAUGCCGGGACACCACAAGAUCAACAGGUACAGCAAGCGGCUCGCGCAGGACGUCCUCAGAAAACUCAGUCAGAGUUCGGACAGAGGGAAGUGAAGCAUCAAGCAGCUCUACUAGAACAUUUUCAUCUUCACAUAGUGUAAAAUGUCUACACCUGUUUAAGGGUUCCUCCCAGGUUCUUUUAAACUUUAAAAGUGACCUCAUGUCUCAUCGACAAUCAUGGUUCUCUAAAGAGCCACCCAUUAGUAGGGUUUUAAAAGUGCCAUCCUGCGUGUGAUACUGUAUUUAAAAAAAACAAAAUAAUAAAAAAAUUAACCUCAAAAAACAGAAAACUAAACUAUAGGAACACUUCAACCUGCAACAGACAUUAACUAAGAGUUUGUUAAUGCCUAUUAUAUAAAUAUUAAGUUACAUAUCCAUUAAUAAACGGUUUCAUUUGAAUUGUUAGCCCUUUACUUGGUGACAUAAAUAAUCAAUCAUUUUGAAUAGAAGAAACCUGAUCAUUACUUAUAGUUUGUUAAUAAUAAUUUAGUGAUGAUACUCAGCUUGAAAUAUUUAGUUGCAAUGCCAACAAUUCAUGAUCAAUAUGAAUAACUGCUUAAUAAUUGUCCCGUUCUAAAUUAUGGAGUAGUUAUUUUUAAUCUUGCAUUAAAUUUUAAUGCUUAAUCAUAUUUUUUUCUUAUAAAGUGGUGGACGUGACCUUUCUGAACAUAAGUAAUCAUUAAUUAGAACUCAGUGUAGGGACUUGACUUAUGUCACCAAGUAAAUGGUUAAUAAUUUAAAUGGCAGCACUUAUUAAUGCACAAAUAUAUAAUUAUUAACCGUCAUUAACAAACUAUUAGGUAAAUUUCUAUUCAUAAAGGUCUGUUACUAUAAACUAUUCAUUGCACGUUUCAUACAUUACAGUGUGUUUCGAUGUGCUUUACAGUGCAGAGUUAAAAUAACAGGCAAAAGAAGAAAUAAAUAGUAAAAAAAUAACUGCACUUAUACAUAUACCUGAUAUAUAUUAAAAACAAUACAUAAAUACAUGAAACAAAUAUACUGUGUAUAAAUGUAAGUAUAACAUAAAUAACGACUGUUUUGACCAAUCAAAUUUAAGUUUCUUGCGUCAAAUGAAUGCACACAGAAACUUAACUAGAGCUGUGAUUGGAUAGGAUGCUCACAGUACGUGGUAAAGAACACUGUGGUUGGUCAGAGGGCUUAUUUACGUAUUGGAGUCUUCUGCUGUAUCACUAUUGCAUAAAUGGUUAACAAGCGAUACAUUUUGCAGCCCUGACCAUCAUCACUGUGUGGAAAAGACACUGGACCAGCACUGGGGACUGUAUUACUGUACUUUAUUUAAUAACAUUCACUGUGACUCAUAAGAAAUCACUGUUUUUAUUUGUGGUGCGUACUGUACAAAUAAAAAAAUAAAGCUAUUUUAAAAGA